GUGGGCUGGCAGAGAGUUAAGUGUAGUCUGAGUGCCAUCAAGAUAAGGCAAACAUCAGAAGUCCUGAAGACAGUAGAUAGCUCAGUCUGAGUACUGAUGUGUACACGAGUGUCUUGUGUCAGAUGAUAUCUCAGCGGAUCCUCUCAGCGUCGGCUCACAUUUUCAUUCAUUCUGAAAGCUCAAACUGAUAGCUCCAGCAGAAAAGUUGUGAAGUGAUUUCAUGCAUGAGGUAUCACGACAUCGCUUGGCACUCUCCAGCAUCAUUUUAUUUUUCGUCGGAUUUGGACGAUCUGAAGCUGAUUGCUGGAAAGCUGUGCGCGUAUUGGACGGAUCUUCUCCUCAAGCAGAAGAGUUGUGAAAGAGUUUUGCAGAAGAGCACCAGCAGCAGCAUGGAUUACUUUUUAUUUCGACUCUUCUGCUCUUUGGCUUUGGCGUCGCUUCUAAUUCAAAGGGCAGACUCAAAUGAGAUCCUUGGACUAAAGAUCCCCUUUGACCCCAUUCUUAAUGCCAACACGGUGUGUUUGACCUUGCCCGGCCUGACAAAGAAACAGCUGGACGUAUGUAUGAGACAUCCAGAUGUGACAGCCUCAGCCAUACAGGGCAUCCAGAUCGCCAUCCAUGAGUGCCAGCAUCAGUUCAGAGGACACCGCUGGAACUGCUCAAGUUUGGAGACCAGAAACAAGAUCCCCUAUGAGAGUGUUGUCUUCAGCAGGGGAUUCAGAGAAAGCGCAUUUGCAUAUGCCAUCGCAGCGGCCGGAGUGGUGCAUGCCGUGUCCAACGCCUGCGCCAUGGGCAAGCUGAAGGCCUGUGGCUGUGAUGAGAAACGCAGAGGGGAUGAAGAGGCGUUCAGGAUCAAACUCAACCGUCUCCAGCUGGAGGCCAUCAACAGGGGGAAAGGCAUGGUGCACGGUGUGAUGGAACACUUUCCCGCCGAUGCUCUCGGCCCCCAGGACUCCUGGGAAUGGGGCGGCUGCAGUCCCAACGUGGAAUUUGGGGAACGCUUCUCCAAGGACUUCCUGGACUCCCGUGAGACGUUCAGAGACAUUCACUCCAGGAUGAGACUUCACAACAACAGAGUUGGCAGGCAGGUUGUGGUGGACCACAUGAGGAGGAAAUGCAAAUGCCACGGCACAUCAGGAAGCUGUCAGCUCAAGACCUGCUGGCAGGUGACUCCAGAGUUCAGAACGGUGGGCUCGCUGCUGAAGGAUCGCUUUAAUAUCGCCACGCUAAUCAAAGCCCACAACAGAAACACAGGUCAGGUGGAGCACGCCCAUCCGACACACCGACGGAGAGCUAAUGCAAACGAUCUGGUCUACUUUGAGAAGUCCCCAGAUUUCUGCGAGAGGGACCCUGGAUCAGACUCUGCCGGGACGCAGGGCCGGAUCUGUAACAAGACCAGCCAGGGAAUGGACAACUGUGAGAGCCUGUGCUGUGGCCGGGGCCACAACAUCUUACAGCAGACUCGCAGCGAACGCUGCAAUUGCAAGUUCCACUGGUGUUGUUAUGUUGUGUGCGAAGAGUGCACGAUAACAGAGUGGGUCAGCGUCUGCAAGUGAAAUAAGCAAUCAUCUAUUAAAUGUACAGAAACAGACAUUAAACACAGGGAAAGACUGAGAAAUUCCUCCCUUUUGCAAUGGACUGCCGUUUCCAUGAUUCGAAUGGAAAGCACAAAAGCAGACUGAGAUUAAUUGAGUGCUAGAGAAGUGUGCACGUGUUUGCACACUGCAUGGGUCCAAGCACAAGAUUUCAGACUGAUUUUGGACUUGCACUGCAUAUAAUUUCAGAAAGUAUUUUUAAUUUAAUUAAAUUAAGAAUAUGGGUAUAUAGUUGAGUAUAUUGCCAACAGAGCACUCAUCGACACUAUGUAGUGUUAAUUUUAUUUCAGUUUUCAAAUAAAUCAAUGACUCCUAGUCCUGUAAUAUAGCAACAAGCAGACGCAUGGGAUUCCGGUACUUAAAGAAGAGAAAUAUAUA